AUGGGCCGAACACUAACCUAUCCAAAAAAGAGCCUGAAUACGGUCAAGCGUUAUGCUCAUCGAGCAACGUACGAUGUCAAGGCUAUUCACUCCAUCAUCAACGACAGUCGAGUGCUGCAUGUCUCGUUCAGCCCGGGACCAGAGGACCUGUUUCCGACCACCAUACCCAUGAUUGGACAGAUGGGAUCUUUUGAGUACCCUUCCGCCGACCUAGGCGAGCCCUUGGACUGCUACAUCCACGGCUAUGUUAGUGCUCGUUUGGCGAAUCUUGCACGCAGCUCCGAGCAAGGGCUGCCCGUCUGCAUUUCAGCCUCGAAGGUCGACGGACUGGUGCUCUCACUCACCCCCUUUAACCACAGCUACAAUUAUCGCUCGGCUGUCCUGCAUGGCUACGCCCAGUUGGUUACCGAUGAUGAAGAAAAAUUAUGGGCUCUGAAGUUAAUCACUGAUUCCGUCGUUCCAACCCGAUGGGACAACAGCCGCACUCCACCAGAUAAAGGUGAAAUCGCCGCGACUUCGAUCUUGAAAGUCAAGAUUGUUGCAGGGAGCGGCAAGAUUCGGGAUGGCGGCGCUUCGGACGAGAAGAAGGACUAUGGAAAUGAAGAGGUGGUCACUCGCGUUUGGACAGGUGUUGUCCCUGUAUACGAGGUGCUCGGCGAUCCAAUUCCGAAUCCUGACAACAAAGUAGAGGCUGUCCCAGAGUAUAUCAAGUCCUACGUUGAUGAGUACGGCAAGCAGAGCCAGCAGUAUGCAUUGGGAGCUGUGGGUGCUAAACUACCAGAAGAGGAGCAGCAUUGA